GUUGCGGGGAAUUCUGUAAACUCUAUCAUUCUGCCGCAACUAAUUUUGUGAUUUAGCCCAAUUAUCCACCACCCCCCAGUCUGAUCAAAAGAACAAUGGCGUCUUAUCCUUCUUCUUCUUCUUCUUCAGCUCUCUCAAGAAUAUCUAAUCUCAGUAGACACUUCCACCCUUCAGACUCGAGAAACACAGAUAACCCACAGGGUGCCAUUGACGCUUCAAAUGGAGGAGGCCUAAUUAAGAUGUCUGCCGAAGUUUCUGCUGCCUUGUCUCGCGGCCAUCCCGUUGUUGCCCUUGAAUCAACCAUCAUCUCACAUGGGAUGCCAUAUCCACAAAAUCUGGAAACUGCAAAGGAAGUAGAGGCGAUAGUGAGGAAGAAUGGAGCAGUUCCUGCAACUGUAGCGAUUUUAGAUGGCACACCAUGCGUAGGCCUAAAUGAGGAAGAAUUGGAGAGGUUGAGUAUUCUGGGACACCGAGUCCAAAAGACUGCUAGGAGGGAUAUAGCACAAGUUGUGGCUAGCAGAGGAAAUGGUGCUACUACUGUUUCUGCAACAAUGUUCUUUGCUUCUAUGGUUGGUAUCUCUGUGUUUGUGACUGGGGGCAUUGGAGGAGUUCAUAGACAUGGUGAACAAACACUGGACAUAUCUUCUGAUCUCACUGAGCUAGGAAGAACUCCUGUAGCAGUCAUCUCGGCUGGUGUAAAAUCAAUUUUAGACAUUCCUAGGACACUUGAAUAUUUGGAAACCCAAGGAGUGUGUGUUGCAGCUUACGGGACGAACGAGUUUCCUGCAUUUUUCACUGAAACCAGUGGCUGCAAGGCGCCUUGUCGUGUCGAUACCCCAGAAGAUGCUGCAAAGCUUAUUGAUGCCAACUUUAAGCUUGGGCUUGGAAGUGGAAUUCUGAUUGCUGUUCCAAUUCCAAAAGAGCAUUCUGCUUCCGGAAGCUUAACUGAGAAUGCAAUACAAAGCGCACUUCAAGAAGCUCGGGAGAAGAAUAUACUUGGAAAUGCUGAAACUCCGUUCUUACUUAAAAGAGUGAAUGAGCUUACUGGAGGAGCCUCGCUUGCUUCAAAUAUUGCACUUGUUAAGAAUAAUGCUAUUGUUGGGGCUGGAAUUGCUGUAGCCCUUGCCAAGCUUAGAGUCUAAUAGCAGGAAGUAUUUUCAAGUACUUUUUUUUUUCGUUUUUUUUUAUUAAUAGAAUAACAAUGGCCAAAUAAUUGUAUUGUAUGGUCAUUGGAAAAACAAUCUGUUAAGGCAGCCUAACUCUUUGUUUUUAAUUUCAUUUAUUGGUUGGGAUAGUUCAGAUAUAGCAAUGUGAUGAACAUCACAUCAGAGAAUUUCCUCUCUUAAGUUAGUAUGUUAAAUUGUGUGUGCU